AAUAUUCCUCCUUUGUCAUUCCUAUAUUUUGUCCUCACUAGUCUUGAAGGUUGCAAUACAUGGUAUCCCUGGUUCAUAUAUAUAUGGGAGUUCGGUAAAGGAGCAGAGGUGCAGAAAGCUGUUGGGUUUCUCUCAUUCACCGUCCUCCCAAUUUUGACCUUUUGUUCCCACUAUCUAUAUCUCAUCAUCCAUAUUUCAAUUCUAUACGUAUAGUAUUAAUUAUAAUAAUACAAGGAAAAAAAAAAGAAAGGAAAAUACUGAUCUUCGCCGGCGUAACUCCGGUACCGGCAACGGUUGCAGCAGAGAAGAUAUUUUUUUCUGUUGAUCAACAAGAUCUUCAAUUUUCUCCAUCUGCCUGAAACCACGAUGAUUCAAACCCUACGUUAUUACCUCUCUGAACAUCCUUCAAUCGUCGGAUUCAGAUGGACUGAUAGCCAAUCAUGGGGAAACACGUGGGUUUUCUUGUUCAUCUCGAUAUUAGCAUACAUCAUGUUAUCAGUUUUCCUUCAUCUAUUCCUCCUCCUCCUCUUCCGUCACCGUCGUCCGCUUCCUCUUGGUCCAAUCCCGGCCGUUCACUCCCUUUCCAUGGCGUUAAUCUCCUUCACCAUAUUCGCCGGAAUCCUCCUCUCCGCCGCCGCAGAGAUUCGUGACACCCGUUGGUUCUGGCGGCGGUAUAAAACGACGCCGUUUCAGUGGCUCCUCUGUUUUCCUCUCGGUACACGUCCUUCGGGUCGGGUUUUCUUCUGGUCAUACAUUUUCUACCUCUCCCGUUUUCUUCAUACUUUCCGCACCUUUUUCACAAUCAUACGACGUCGUAAACUCUCGUUUUACCAACUGUUCAAUCACUCAAUCCUCAUAUUUAUGUCAUUUCUAUGGCUUGAAUUCUCACAAUCCUUACAAGUUCUUGCUAUAAUUUUGACAACAUCAAUUUACUCUGUGGUUUAUGGUUACAGAUUUUGGACUGCUGUAGGAUUACCCAGUAAGUGUUUUCACUUUGUGAAUCACUGUCAAAUUGUGUUGUUGGGUUGUAAUGUAAUUUGCCAUGUUGGAGUACUUUUGCUGCAUUUCUUAAGAGGUGGGUGUAAUGGAAUUGGUGCUUGGGUUCUCAAUUCAGUACUCAAUGGUGCUAUUCUCUUCUUUUUCCUUAAUUUCUAUGUCAAAUUGCAUUUGGAGAAGAGAAAAAUUAGUGCUGCUGGUAAAGAAACUCAAACUUUGGUGGACUCUCUUAAAGACAAGGAUAAUUGAGGUCUUCUGCUCUGGUCUGUUAGGCUGAGUUGGGCGGAUUCUUUAUUUUUAUGUUGUAUUCUUGACAUUUUUGAAGAGUCCGAUUAAUAUAUAUAUAUAGUACUAGGAAUAUUCUUCCAGCCUUCUCAUAUAUAUAUUUCUUGAGAUUUUGUAAAUGAAAAUGUAUAAACUGUGUAUUUUUGUUGAGAUGUAAGAAUAAGCAUACAUGUUUAUUGA